AGUUCAGUAUAGAGUUUCAUCAACUUCAGACGUGUUUCAAACUUCUUUUUAAACUUUUUUUAACCCUUUUCUUUACAAAUGAAAGGAAAAAGGUUUUAUAUGUGAUUCUGACAGUAAUUGAUUUAAAUUGUGCAGACAAUAAGUUUUGUGAUUAAAUUUGAACAAAAACAGAUCUUUUUAAUGCAGCAACAUGCAGGAACAUUUAAAAAUAAAUUAUUUUAAGAUGUAAAUCUCAAAGAGAAAAAAUGAAACACUGAAUUGAACUUACCGACAAAUUAGCAGCAAAGUGUUUAUUGCUUUAAGCGAUAAAAGUAAAAAUUAAAACGGAGGAAAGAAAUCAAGAAAAACGGAAUAAUAUUUCUAAUAAUUGUGUGAGGAAAUGUUGAUUUGCAGUGGAAAUAAAAUGUUAUCGAUCGAAUUUCUAAUGCUUUUAAUACUGUUGCUGGUGAUAAAAACAAUUAAUGCAUCGACUUUACCAUCGUCGGCACACAACGACAUCAAAAGCAACAAAUGUGAGCAAAUCUCAAUUACACAACAUUGUCGAGAACUCAAAUAUAAUCAGACGAUGGUGUCAAGUAUCGUCAAUGGACAUCACAUGAAUAUUGAUGAUGCCAAUGAAAUGAUUAUUAAAUUACGACCCGUGUUUGAAAUGACAAACAGUCACUGCUCUCGUCAGAUACGAUUUCUUAUCUGCUCAUCACUCUUCCCUUGGUGUUCUGAUGAAAUUCCACGACCUGUAAUGGCUUGUCGUAAUGUAUGCGAAAAGGUCAAAAGCGAUUGCUUUCAGGAUCCAAUCAUAAAACUUUGGCCACAUUUUCUUGAUUGUGAGCAGUUGCCACAGCCGGAGAAGCAAGAACUUUGCAUGACUAUGCCUGACGAAGCUAUGAUUGAUGAUGGAGACUAUAACAGCGAAAACCAAACUAAGUCUGUGGAAGAAAAUGACCAUGAAGUCGUCCAGACAAAAUAUAACAUUAACAAUCGACCACAACAAGCGACAUUCUGGUGGAAAUUGACACAGUCACAUCAAAUGUACAACAAAGUUUCAACACUCUCAACAUGUCCACAAAACUUCACCAUUGAUGAACGCGGAAAUUGCGUAUAUAAAUGUGGCACUGAUGCAUUUUACACGACACAUCAAAAGAAAGUUAUCGAGACUUGUAUUUUGGUGUUUUCAGUGCUUUGCUUCAUUUUCACACUUUUCUCAUUGAUCACUUUUUGGACAGAAUCGACGAGAUUUAAGUUCCCAGAACGACCUGUAUUGUUCCUAACACUUUGCUAUAAUCUUCUUAGCAUUUGUUAUUUGUUAAAGAUUUUCUAUCAAAAAUCUUCAGUGAAGCUAACAAUUGAUGAGUUAAAUGAGUUCAACGAUAUCUCAGCAAUUAAAACAUCCGAUAUGAGUGCAAGUCAGUGUGUGAUUAACUCACAAUGCCUCGCAUAUUUUAUUAUAAUUAACUAUCUCAUGAUCAGUGCAUCAUUUUGGUGGUUCAUCUUUGGACUUUGCUGGUGGUUGAGUACAUCCAAGCAAUGGUCACCAGAAGCAUUAGAGAGAAAGUCUGGUUUAUUCCACGUUCUUGCGUGGUUAGUUCCUUUGGCGUCGCCAAUCGCUGCACUUUUAUUCGGCGUGAUUAAAAAGACUGAAUUAACUGGUAUGUGUACUGCUGUUGGCUUCACAGAAAUUCCAUCACUUAUUCUUUUAAGUAUUGGAGCAAUAUUUAUUGUGUUGUCUGCAAAGUCACUUCGUUCUUUAAGAUCAUCGUGGAAGAACAAUAAACUAUCUCAAGUUAUGAGUCGAAUUCUUUUCUUUGGAACGAUAUUUGUUAUUCCAGCAAUCAUUUCAACAGUAUUGAUGUUCUUCGAUUAUGAUGUUGAUCUUCGAUCAUGCCUACCGGGUGAAGUUUGCUAUCAACCUGAAAAGAGGUCAAUUAACAUCACUAUCAUUCGAUAUGCUUGUUUAUUAAUUGGAGGUAUCAGUGGAAUGUGGGUCUGGUCAAAGAAAACAUGCGUCUCCUGUCGCAAAAAAAUAACUGCUUCACAGUACUCUAACCCGUCACCUCAAACAACAAUCGAAAGCAUGAAUGGCUUCUCAAACAAAUACACUUAUAAAUAUGUACACUCAAUUCAAAAGAGUUUGUUAAACAAUAAUUAUUAUCUUAAUCAUAAUCAGAAGAAAUUUACCAACGGUGUUCAUCGAACACACGAACAUAUCGAUUGGAUUGCAGCUCAAAAUCGUAUUUAAAUUUGCUAAGUACAGUUCAAGUAACAAUUAAGAGAUUUGCUGAUCAUAAGUCAUGUCUUCAAAGAUUAGCAUAAAGCAUGUAAUUAGCUACAUGCCUAAAAUGUAAAUAAUAAAAUGUGAUUUUUAAUUUUAAGGUAUUAAAAUUUUUGGAAUAAAAUAAUAAAAUGUAUGAUGUUUGAAACGAAA